GUUGGGACGAUGAUCGGUAAAGAUCGAUUAGCGAUCGUUUAUAGCAUCUCGAUGCCGAUGAUCGAUGGCAAACAUCAACAAUCGAUCAUCGGCAAAUAUAAAAAGGUACCGAAACGAACGAACCUCAGUAUAUGUAAUCGAACGCGCCCGUCAAACAAUGUACAAAGAUGGCGGCCGCUGAAGAAAAUCUAAGGGAAAUAUACCCAAACCCAGGCUCCAUAACGAAAUCAGAUGUUUGGAAAUUCUUCGGAUUUUAUAAAAUUAAUGAUAAUGAACCACCAUCAAAAAAGAAUUUGGAUACAACGCAAGCUGUUUGCCGUCUAUGCCGCAAGAUUUACAGAAAUACAGGAAAUACUACGAAUUUCAGAGCCCAUAUUGACGGGGAACACAAAUUACCGUCGGGAAAUUCCACACAAUCGCGAUCAGACAAAGUUGAAACAAAAUUAGUUCAACCAACAAUAUCGGCUGCAUUUGUCAAAAGAUGUGAUGUUGUAUCAGGAUCAAAUACUGUAUUGAGUCAAGAACGGAGAGGACGGGUCGAUGAUGCAAUAUAUCAACAGACAUUAAAAACAAUAAUUUCCAGGGAGAUCCGAGUGCAUGUAUUGUAUUUGCAUUUGUGAGUUUUUCACCCUUGUUCGUAUACAUGUUCAAUAAAUGUUUACUAUUAUUUUCUAGUCAAAAAAAUGGUGUGUCAAAAGUGUCAAAAACUGUCAAUUGUCUAGUCAAGAAUGUUUAGUUAUUGUUUACUAUUAUUUUCUAGUCAAAAAAAUGGUGUGUCAAAAAUGUCAAAAACUGUCAAUUGUCUAGUCAAGAAUGUUUAGUUAUUGCUCUGUUAUAAAUACUAAAUUGUUAUUGUUUAUCAGUUUAAUAGCUCAAUUAAGCUGUUUUCAUUGUUAAUAAAAAUAUUGUUUUUCUUGA